AUUUAAACAUGUAUAGAACAAGUAAUUAAGCUUAUGGAAGUGGCGUUGUUACAAGAAAUAAAGAGCAGAUGAAUUAAAAGCCGUAAGAUGUAGAUCCAAUAAGGAUUGGAAUAGAAAAUAUUGGCAAUACUUGUUACAUGUAUGCAAGAACAAUAAGCAUCCUAGAAACUCAAUGUUACAAUGUUUAUUCAAUACUCCUGCCAUUAGCACAGCUAUGAAGUCGUAUAGAGACAAUAAAAACAGCAGUGAGUUGUUUAAACAAUUUUAUAAAAUUUGGUUUAGCAUUCAAGCAGAAAUAGAACCUGAGCAUAAUGACAUAAUUCAAUUUAAAAAAUUAAUGAACUAACACAGAGAGUUUGAUAAUUUUAAUCAAUAGGAUUGUAUUGAAUUCUUCCAUGUAUUUUUGGAUAUUGUUAAUACAGCAUUUCUUACAUAACCUUUUUUUGGAUAAUUGACUUAUUAAAUAAAUUGCUAAAGCUGCAAUAACUCUAGUAAAUAAACAGAACAAUUUAUCAAUUUAUCAAUCUAUAUAUAGUAAGCAUGUAAACUGAGUUAAUUGAUAUAUGAUUACUUUAAGCCAGAGUAAUUAGCUUCUUAGGAGAAGUGUAGAAAGUGUUAAAAGACAAGUCCUUUGACAAGACGAACUAAUUUGAGUGCAUCACCAAUGGUUUUAGUAAUUUAGUUAAAAAGAUAUGAUUAAAGGUAAGCGAGAUCUAAUUAUGCUAUUGAGAUAGAACAAAGUUUGGUUCUUAAAGGAUUUUGUGAUUAAAGUCCAUAGUACAAAUUGUAUGCUGUAAUAAAUCAUUAAGGAUAUACAAUUUAUAGUGGACAUUAUACGUGGUAUAAUUUAUUGAUUAUGAAAAGUUUAAUAAAAGGAAAAAAUUGUUGGUACAAUUUCAAUGAUUAAAGAGUUUCGGAAUACUCGAAUAAAGUUGUGGAUGAGGAACUAUAAAAAUCGUAGAAUUCUUAUGUAUUAUUUUAUCAGAGACAAUGA